AUGGGUCGAGCUCCCUGCUGCGACAAGGCUAAUGUCAAGAAGGGACCUUGGUCCCCAGAAGAGGACGCCAAACUCAAGGCUUAUAUUGAAGAAUAUGGAACUGGUGGCAACUGGAUUGCUCUCCCUCAGAAAAUUGGGCUCAAGAGAUGUGGAAAAAGUUGCAGACUGAGAUGGUUAAAUUAUCUGAGGCCUAACAUCAAACAUGGCGGAUUCUCUGAAGAAGAAGACAAUAUCAUUUGCAACCUUUACAUCAGUAUUGGCAGCAGGUGGUCCAUAAUUGCUGCCCAAUUACCUGGAAGAACAGAUAAUGACAUUAAGAAUUACUGGAACACUAGACUCAAGAAGAAACUCCUCGGAAGGCAAAAACAAUCCGCUGCCAAUGGGCUGGCUUCUUCCGGCCAGGACCCAAAUGAUAAUAGCGGCGAUGACAGUCAACAGUCUCAGGGAUUAAGCAGCUCCGCCCUGGAGAGGCUGCAGCUCCAUAUGCAACUUCAGAGCCUCCAAAAUCCUUUUUCUUUCUACAACAAUCCAGCUCUGUGGCCUAAACUUCACCCUUUCCAGGAAAAAAUGAUCCAAAGCCUUCAAUCUUUGAAUGGAAGCCCUAACAUUAAUUCUCUUAUGCAAAAUGUUCUUCCUGGUCAAUCCACACCUCCUCCUCUAACAAUUCCUCAGGAUUAUAAUCCUCAGAUCAAAGAUUCGAUACCAUUUAACACAAAUAACAAUUUCAUGGACUCAAAUCCAGAGCCAAAAUUGAAUGGUGCUAUUAUAGAAGAAUCAAAUGCAACGCUGCAGUCGGUCUCAACAUUCCAGUCUGAGCUUGAAAGUUUUCUGAAUAACAAGGGGGUUGGAUUUACAGCACAGGAUGAUCAGCUUCCACAAUUUGAGUAUUUCAAUACUAUGAAUGGUUCUAAGGACAAUUUGUUAUGGUGGGCAAAUGAGUUCGACUCAAAAUCAGCUUCCUCAAACUCUUGGGAUUCCACCCCGGUUCUUCAAUCUGAGGGGAUAUUUCAGGAUUUUGAAUUAGGUUACAAUCUGUAA